AUGGAUAUCGAUAGCGUACCAACCGAUGCCAAGUCAAAGGAGGUCGUGAGGCUCUGGCGAGCUUGGCGGACCGUCCACGAGAUGGUGGCCGACCGGGUAAGACUUCCUGUUGCCUCGUCAUGUCGCGAUGCCUUCGACGCCCAGGAAUACGAGCUUGCAGAAGAGGAAGUUAGCAUCUCCCUCGACCGCUUCCGCGACGAGUACUGCAACCCCGACGGCUCUAUCAACCGAGGCAAGCUCCAGUUCUCUGCGCGCCCCAGCGAAUCCAUGCUCAAGAAGUUCACGCCGCCCGCGACGGACGCAAACCCAGACCCCGUUCCCGACUGCGGCCCUAUCUGGGUCGAAUUCCUCUCGGACAAGCAGUUCGGUGUCGCCCAGAUCCGCCAGUUCGCCCAGUACACCAUCACCAACAACUACAAAACGGGCAUCAUGGUCACUCACGUGCCCCUGUCCCCCGCGGCCCGCAAGUCGCUCGCCGGCGUCGAGAACCUCACCAAGAUCGAGUGCUUCCUCGAGGACGACCUGCUCGUCAACAUUACCCACCACGAGCUCGUCCCCAAGCAUGUCCUGCUCUCCCGCGAGGAGAAGAUCGCCCUGCUGAAGCGCUACCGCCUGAAGGAGACCCAACUGCCCCGAAUCCUGCAGAAGGACCCGGUCGCCCGCUAUCUCGGUCUCAAGCGCGGCCACGUCGUCAAGAUUAUCCGAAACAGUGAGACGGCCGGUCGUUAUGCGAGUUACAGACUGUGCGUCUAA